AUCGAACCACCCACUAUAGUUGAUCCAACCACAAAGGGAAGUGGAAUUAAAUACGAGGAGAGGGUGGGUAUAAGCACUAUAAGAGGAAGGGUAAUCCCAGCAGGUAACAUAUUCAAAUUCCCAACAAGUUAUCUCUAUUCCAAGAUCAAGUCGGCAAACAAACAGCCAAAACCCAGAAAAAUGAGUGUCAACGAUCUGAUCAAUCAGGCAGGGGAGUGGGAUUUAGAAAUGGUACCUGAUGAAGGGAGAGUGGCUAAUCGAAAUACUCUAGUGGGGAAGAUCUUCUCAGAAAGGACUAUCAGUCUCAGAGCCCUAAGAGGAAUGGUGAGAUCUGCCUGGGUUGAUAACCCCAAACCAAAAAUGCAAGAAAUGCCCAAUAUCCAGCCGCUGGAGGACAACACUUUUGUCUUUGAUUUCGAGAAGAAAACUGAGAUGGAGGCUAUCUGGAGUGACAGGCCAUGCCCAAUCUCGGGGACGGUGAUGCAGCUGAAGAAACCAUCUGCUUUUGAAGAUGCAAAGGAAGUAAAGUUCCAGACCAUCGAGUUCUGGGUUCAAGUGCACAACCUGCCUGAGGCAUACAGAUCCGAAGGUAACAUAUCGAUGAUGGAGAGGAUGUUCCAUAGGGUCGUUGACAUCGACAAAGCUGCCAUUCAAGCCCAGAUCUACAGGAAGUUCAUCAGGAUCUUUGUUGAGAUAGAUGUCUCAAAAUCUCUGCCGGAUGGCUUCUACAUAAGGCAAAAACAGAAGCGGAGCUGGGUCGAGUAUAAGUAUGAGAGGCUGUACUCUCUUUGUUACUUCUGCGGCAGGAUUGACCACAUCAAACUUGAGUGUGAGAUGAAGAGGAACUGUGAUGAGAAUGGGUUGCCUUACCCACAGCUGGAGAAAUGGGGUCCUUGGACAAGGGCAAACUCUCCGGUCUUCUCUCCCAGAACAAACCAGCAAGUGGAUGUUGAGAAGGUGCUGAACCGGGAUACCGCCUCCGCAUCAAAUUCUCCGGUGGGCCUGAUCAACCCUUCAUCGACGACAAAAGCGACGGGAAUAAGUCAGAACAUCUAUCAGGGGGGCCCACAUGCCUUGAGCUUCUCACCAAGACCUGGUCAGUCCCCAUUCUCGAGUAAUGGUCAGAAUUUCACUCUCUCAACGGAUCUAUUUCAAUCCCCCAGCUAUUUCUCCCCUACACCCCAAAAUCACCCACCUUUUCAGCAAAACCAAGAAAUGAUAGCCUCUCCCCCCCAAAGCUUAAAGGUUGCCAGAAACCUUUUUGGAGAUAUUCCUUUCUACCAGUCUAGCCAAAUGACUACCACGAGCAACCCUUUCCUCCCAGUGGGCUUUGCCAAUCCUAACCUGAGCCCAACUACCUACCCGGCCCAAGCAAACUACAUUUUCAAUCAUAACUAUUUCCCACAGGCCUGUACCUCUGCUCAAAAGCCCAGGAAAUUCCUAUCAAAUGAACAGAGAAGAGGACAUAACGGGAGCCCAGGGAUUCAAAAAAAAAAGAGGAAAGCUAGUUUGGUACAGAUGGUUGAGGAAACAGGGGCUGCUGAGGAAGAACAGGGGAAGACGCGCAAAGGGCAAGCAGGGGAGGUGUUGUCGGAGGAGGACCCAAGAAUCCCUCCUGGAUUUGAGCCGGAAAACACUGUGGAUAUGGUGGCCGAUUCCAAGCCACCGGGGGAGCCAUGAAUGGACUGGUUUGGAACUGUCGGGGUUUCGGCCAGUCCCCCACAGUUCGACAACUUCGAAAACUGGUUAGGAAGAACAAGCCUGCAUUUGUGUUUCUUUCUGAGACUAAGAAGAAGGAGUCAUACAUGGAGACUAAAAGAAAGAGUCUGAAAUUUG